CCGUUGGUCCGUGGCUCCAAUGGAGCUGCCACAGUCAUGCCUACGGAGGGUCGGCUGGCUCCGGUGGGCCGCCCACAGGCAUGACUGCGGCAGCUCCAUCGGAGCCACAGGAUCAGCGCGGGGGGCGGCGAAAUGGCUGUGCGCCUAGGGGCAGAGCCAUGGCGGAGGGUCCCACUCACCUGCUAGAGGUUUGCCGUCAGAAACUGGCCGAGUUCUUGUGCAAUGUCGAGCACAAGCACUUGGCAUGGCUGCGGGAAAUUGAAGAGGAGGCCAUGAAGAUGUUCGAUAGCAACUUAAGUGCUGAACCUGAGCUGAUGCCCAAAACACCAUCACAGAAGAAAUACCGUAGGAAGAAGCGCUCCUUAUCUCUUAAGGACGAGAACAAUGAACUGACCAGAAAAAGGUUAUCGAGAAGGAGAAGCAGCCUCAAGCCAGCAUCCUCUAAGCAAGUUUCCCAAAGGCUCCGAAGCAAAGAGGGACUGGAAAAACCCAGUGAUGUUCAAAAGGAAGUCAAUGCUUCUUUUUCAACAGCAAGAUUCCACUCCAAGGUUGAAGCUGAGUUUUCUCCUCCAUCAGAGGCAGUGGCUAAGACACCAACUAUCUUGUUAGUAGAAGGGCAGGUUCCCUUGGCGGAAAUCGGUGUUGACAACCAGAGUGGUGCUGACUUGUAUUUGAAGAGGAAUAUGCCUGAAAUAAUAGACCAGACCUUGGAGAUCAUCUCCCUGAGUAUUGAUGACCAAGCUCCCAAGAAGCCUAAGGUUACUGAACUUCAACCUAUGUCUGCAGCCUCGGCACAGGUGAUCCCUGACACUCCUGAGGCAAAGGAGACAGGAGAAGACCAGGAUGCUGCCAACUUUAGAAUAGCAAAUACAUCCACGCCAAAAGCUGCUGUAAAUGGGGAGCCUGGAGCUGAGAGUGAUGUUUCUGUUCAGGGGCCAGAAAAGGAGCUUUUCCAGGACUUAAAGGACAGCACAGGGACCUCAACAGUGUCCAAAUCGAGCCAUCCGUCUGCACGCAAAAGCCAGAGGGGUAAGUCCCAUAAGCACCGCAGGACCUCGCUAGCAGAGAAGUAUUCUCUGGCCAGCAAAAGAGAGAGCAUGAUCCGGAAAUCUAUCAGCAGGGCUAUCUCUAAGAAGAAGGCAGCUCGGGAGUCCUCUUCAGCCUCCAGCCACGUGAGCUGCCACAGCUCCCUGGAGGUAUUUAUGGAUGAAGAUGCAAGCAGCAAUGUCAGGCCUGAACUGGAACCAAAUGCUGAAUGUGACAAGGCUCCAAAACACCUGCAGAAAACCUUCAUUAUUCCAAAUGAAGGCAGUCCUGUUGCAGGACAGUCAGCUCAGACUGAACCACCAAAUGAGGCAGAGCAGCAGGCAGGAAACUGUAAAGAGAGCCAUUUGAAAAAGAGGGGCACUUCUCAGAGCAGUGGGAGCAAGGAGCAGCCCCAGAAUGCCAAGCCACUAGAACAGCCCUCGAGUAUCCGGAGACAGAGUUAUAAGCAAGCAGUGGAUGAGCUAUGUAAUGGGCAACAGCUAGAAGACUGUGACCGCUCUCCUUCAUAUGAUAAGGCCACUUCUUCUCCUGUAAGCAAGACUCUAGCCUCGCCCAGCCCAGCCAGCAAGGUCGUGCGUCCAUUCAAACACUUUUUACAGACGGUGCAGAAGAACCAGCUGCUCGUGACCCCAGGGUCCACAGGGCACAAUAGUGUCAUGAAAAACCUUAUCAAACGCAACACUCCUACCCGACCGGAUUCCAAGGGGGAUUUUGUUGAAAAGGAGCGGCAGCGGCUGGAGAGCCUGAGGAAGAAGCAGGAGGCCGAGCAACAAAGAAAACAAAAAGUGGAGGAGGAAAAGAGACGGCGCCUCGAGGAGAUGAAAUUGAAGCGUGAGGAACGUCUGAGGAAGGCACUCCAGGCUCGUGAACGGGUGGAGCAGAUGGAAGAGGAGAAGAAGAAGCGGAUGGAGCAGAAAUUCUCUCAAAGUGAGGAGAAGACUGAGAAGUCAUUCCUGGUGAUGGUCUUCUCAUCCUGUGAACUCUGAGGCUGAACUCGCUGCACUGGGUGCCAUCUGCCUUUAAAAUAUGUACAC